AUGUCGGGAAGUGCAACAGAGGAGACAACCGUGUUGGCUGACGCAGCAUCCUCCCCCAUAAGCUCACUGUGCUACGAAGUUCUUUGGACAAUCUUUAGGACGAAUGCUGAUAUUCAUUGGAAUCGGGCCCCUAUGAACGUUUGUCGACAAUGGCGAGAAAUAAUUCUUGAAUCACCAUCACUAUGGGGCAUGGCCAUUGAACUGGAUUUGUUGAUUCAUAAAAAGGAGAGUCUAUGGGCCAAAGAAGUUAUGAAAAGGACAGAAAAAUCAAAGCUCUACAUUUCUGGAUGGUUUAAUGGUUCUAAACCCGCGCCCCGCACUUUUUUCGCAUCACUGCUCAGCGAAAAUUGGGAACGAAUCAGGCGAAUCGACGUCGGAAUUACAAAAGCUAAACACCUCGAUCCAGAAAUGUGGGGCGCUUUAUUUAGACCAUCAGAAUGUUUGGAAAUCAUCCGAAUUCAUGUGGAUGAAGAUGAAGUACCAUAUCCAAGGAUGGACCACGAUGGCCAAGGCCCCAUCUUUUCUGGCACUGCUCCAACGCUUUAUGACUUCUCUGUACACAAUAUUCCAGCACAAUGCUUCUCACUUUCCUCACCGUGGUUGAGCCAGUUACGUAGGUUGGUGAUAUCAACUCCCUCUGCGUUUAAUGCAACAGAUAUUCUUGUCGCACUUGGUCGGCUCUCUGCUCUUGAACAUCUGGUGUUGAAACAUGUAUUACCACCGGUCAAGGAACAGCUACAAUCUGUAUCUCUUCCCAACCUUCGUUCUUUAAAUAUUUCCAAAGACUUCACCACCUCAUCGUUUCUUUUGAAGUGGAUUAAUCCUGGAGUCGGGUCUACUCUCCAGCUAAAUCUGCAUGGAUACGACCUUAUACUCCAUCAUGAUAUGUUUAGUUUGUGCAAAGAGAUACCGCGAUAUUUUGACAAUUUCUUCGAAUGCGCACCAUUUGCCAAGUGUAUGCUUUUGGAGCCUGGGUAUAACCGCUUCAAAGUCGAUGGUUGGAAGUCCGUUGACGGGAUCGACUCUUUAUCGAGGCGUGGAGACUUUUCCGUCUCUGUUUCCGGGGGAACGGCGGAGAGACGGUCACAAACGACGAGGCCACAACAAUUAAUAGCCUCCUUGGGUGCAUGUGGUUUUACACACGUAACCAGAUUUGCAUUUGAACCCACCGAGCACCUGGCGCGUUUAGAAGAUCAAUCCGCAUUUAUACCAUUAUUAUCUGGUCUCCGAUCCGUAAACCACUUAAUGGCAUCACCAUAUGCACUUGGUGCGCUGGUAGAACUCCAAGAAACAGCUUCUGAUCUUUUUUUCCCGGCCUUAACAAGACUUCAAUUCAUCACAGGUUUAUGGCAAGAACCAACUCCUACUUAUCACACUGACCCAGUUUUCCGUUUUAUCGAGUCGAGGCGUGAAUCUGGAAAGCCUAUUUCAGUGUUCGACGUAUCGGAGUCAAGAUACAAUGAGCAAUACCUAGACUGGACAUAUCUGGACAAGAUUACCGGCCUGAAAGUAACAUGGUCUGAUGACGAAGGGGAUUUGAAGGAAUACAUCUGCGGCACAGGACAGCCAGAGAAACUCAAUUUGCGAAAGAAAUGGAGCACGCCAUGGCAGCGCAUCGAACUUUAG